AACUAUUUGAAUUUUGUUGGUAUACUUGCUGAGGAAAAUUAAUAAUCUGGUAAAAUUGACAUUUCUUUUUUUUAAGACUAACUGUCAAAAAUCCAAUUUGUACAAAUUCGUAGUAUGCAGAUGAGUCGUAUGAGUUCGCCGUCUAUCGGGAUGGAUGAAGACAGCGGCGCUGGUCAUGCAUUGACCGAUUUCCUUCUUCAACUUGAAAAUUAUAGCCCUUCGAUCCCAGAUUCUGUUGUUGCAUAUUACUUGAACAUGUCAGGCUUCGAAUCACAAGACCCGAGAUUGAUUAGACUAAUAGCAUUAGCAUCCCAGAAAUUCUUGUCGGACAUAGCCAAUGAUGCAUUACAGCACUGUAAAAUGAGAACAUCGAGUCAAAUUAAUCAGAGCUCUAAGAACCAAAAAGGACCAAAGGAAAAGAAAUAUGUCAUGACGAUGGAGGAUUUAGUGCCUGCCCUUCAGGAAUAUGGAAUCUCAGCAAAGAAACCACAUUAUUUUGUUUAAUUAUAGGGAAUUCUAUUUUAGCAAUCAAUACAAUGUCUAGAGAAUG